AUGACCUCUGUCGUCAAGCUGCUGGACAUGGACAUAUCCGGCAGACUUGGCCGCGCCCGGCUCAAGAGGCCCAGCGAGCGGGAAGGCCACAGCGGCUUGAGCUCCGGGGAAGUGGGCGCAGCCAAAAAGACCCCGAAGCAAAAGGGGCCGGCUGGGGAAACCAGCGUGGCGCCGGCGGCCGCAUUGAGCUGGUCGACUGCCCGGGAGGCGGCGCGCUGCCACCAGCGGGCCCGGUCUCGCUGUGACCCCGCCGUCGGGCAGCGCAGAGCAGGUUUUGAUGCGCUGGCCCCGCGCAGCCUUGGCGACGCCGUCGUUGCGUUCCCUGCCUGUUCGUCGCACUUUUUCCACCUGGGCUGCGCAGCGCAACUGCGAGUGCAGGCUGCGGCAGCAGCUGACCUGCUGUGCCCGCUUUGCCACGGGGAUGGACAGAUCGUGGACGCAGUGCUACGCGAGCUGUGUGCCCAGCAGUCCGUGCAUAGCAGUCAGGGAGUGGCGCUGCAGGCGGCCGGCUUGCCAUGCUGUGGCGGAGACCGGGAAUCGGAUUGCCGUUUCUCGGGCCGCCGCAGCCCGAAGCCACCAACUCGCGCGUAUGUGCCCUUCUUGCUGGCUGCCGCCGGCCUUUUGCAAGAGGACGCUCAGCGCGCCUGGUCAGACCACCCAGCCGCCGCGACGGCCUGGCUUGCCUGUCGCCAGCAUCCGCCCCUCGACCCGCACUCGCUGUCCAAUGUGAUCGUUGGGGCAGCGGCCGGCUGGCCGUUCCUCCUCGCACACGCAGCCAGGGCUUCAGCUGCUGCGCAGGAGGCGCUGCUGGUUGAAAUCCUCGGCUUGCGCGGCGCGGGGCAGUUUGAUCGGUUGGCGGAGUUGCGAGCUCGGGCCAGCGAGCUGGAGGAGAAGGCCAAGAGGCAGGAAGAGAUUUCCGCGCUGCAGAGCCAUAUCCUCGAGGUAGAGAUGCAGCGCUGCCAAGAGGAGCUACAGCUGAGCCGCUCAAAGGUAGAGGCUCUUGAGAAGGAGCUCAAGCAGGCCCAAAAGUUGAAGCAGAGAUGCGAGGCGAAACUGCCGGCGUCCUCCCAGGAGGCGGUGCACCGGCACGAGAUGGCCGUGCGCGCCUCCUUCGAGGACACCCGUGCGGAGACCCGGGAGAGGACCUCUCCCUCGCGGAAAGCGAGCAAGGCGGAAGCGCAGCAGGGCUGGUUUGCCUGCUGCUCGGUACAGCACGCCCCGAAAGGGCGCGCCUAG